AUGGCUGCUCAGACGCCAGGUAAGAGUCGCAAUCCACUUUGGGACAAUGAAGAAACCGUAGUGUCAGCGUUUAUGUCGGGGUUCGCAGGCGUUGGCAGAGAGAAUCGCCUGGAACUGCCUCAACAUCAGCCGCGCCUCCCUAUCAUAAGACCACCCGAGGGCUGUGAGAAAAUGAAGCCAACGGAUUUCAAAGAUCUCCAUUAUCGAGACCUUCCGACCCCUACAUCUAUUCGACUCCUCAAGAUAUACCCAGGGCCAGAGGGUUGUUCUACAGAGAGCUACUCUGAUUUCGAGCUGUUUCGUCCACCGGUGAGAUGUUCCCUCGUCGUCGUAGAUCUCAACGACAACGUGGCAUACGACGCUCUCUCUUACACUUGGGGUGAUCCGUGUACGCUUUAUCUCAGCACCCAAGAGAUUUCGCCGCAGGAGGCUUGGGCAGCACGUGCUUUCAAUAUUGAAGUCGAUGGAAAGGCAGUCUCAGUCGGCUCGAAUUUGUACGCGGCUUUGCUAGGGCUUCGCUCCCACGUCACGCACCAGAAAGACCCCCAGUUCUCCAACGUACCCCAAAGCUCAGGAUGCUUCUGGAUUGAUGCCUUGUGCAUCAAUCAGAAUAACCUAGAAGAGAAGAGCAGUCAAGUUAUGAUGAUGAGUCGCAUUUACCAACAGGCGCGCCUCGUAUUCGCAUGGCUUGGUGGUGGUGACCGACUAUCCGCUCAAGCGUUCCAUGAUCUCGUCACUAUUGUAAACCUUUGUCAAGGGAACAACCGCGAUCCCAAAGAGCUGAGGAGCCUUGAUAUUUCAUCAGAUGAAACUUAUCAAAAGCUAGGAAUACCCAAGCUGAAUUAUACUUCCUGGAUCGGCGUGUAUCUCUUUCUCAACCGCGCCUGGUUCAAACGGGCUUGGAUAGUUCAGGAGAUCGCACUUGCUCGGGAACCGUGGUUCAUGUGUGGCAGGCAGCAUGGUAAUGUUGAGCUUGUUCUUAGGUCGUUUGAGAUCUUGCAACGAUCGAGGUGGUUCGAUCAGUUGAGGCACCUGGCAGAGCCACUUAUCCAAACCAACCGGACUAAGGGCGACUUCAGCUCGCAUACAAUUUCCGCUAGGAGCUCCGUCAAGCUUUAUCGACCGAGAAAGACACAUAUACUGAAUAGCUCCCUCGGGUCCAUUGUCCGACAGGUCAGAAUCUCGAUGGGAACAUUCGAUGGAUUAUCCAAAGACGAAUCGGCCCCGAAGCGGCUAGGCCUGUUGCGACUUCUAGACUGGUAUCGAUAUACAGAGUCUGGUAAUGCCCGCGACAAGGUCUACGCUUUCGUCGGUCUUUCGCCAGAACAAGAGACAAACCCUCUGAUGGUGAAUUACAGGCUCACUGUUGAAGAAGUCUUCGUAGAGGCGACGCGUUAUCUCCUUGAUUCGUUGCAGAGUCUGCAAAUCUUUUCGUUAAAGAAGAACACCUUCGAUGCAGAACCAAUGCUGGAGUUGCCGUCUUGGGUGCCAGACUUCACUGUUCAGAAUCUGUCAACGCCAAUCAACCAACACGCCUCUUUUGCUGCCUCUAAAGGGCUUGGAAGCGUUGAAAUGUUGUAUCUCCCUAGAAACAAGCUUCAAUUGAAGGGGAUCAAGCUAGAUGAGAUCACGAGUGUUGGUGUUACAUUCAAAUGGGCAUUGAUACCCGAAUUGUCUUUGCUUUUGCAAAAGGUGACUCCGCCGGAAGGGCAGACACGAUUUGAGACCUUUUGGAGAACAUUACUCUUUGAUAGCUUUGAAGGGGAGACGCCUGCACCCAAGGAAUGCGGCAGCUCGUUCCUUGGGCUGCUUGAGAAUCGCGUUCUAACCAGACAAUUAGGAGCUGCAUUCAGCUUGCGGUACGCUGAGGAUUUGAUUGAGUUUCGGGCCAGCAAUGCGACGUUAUCGGACGCGCUACCAGAAGAAGUUCGCGAAUAUUUGAACAUCGAACAAGCAAGGGAGUUGUUGGGGGCGAUGUAUACUGCCUCUCAACACAUGAUGGAGCGGUGCACAGAGGCGGAUGGCACAAUUUUCCCUCCCGAGUUUGUUGACUUCGAGCAUCGACGGAGUAAGAGCGGGAGCAAGGCAGAGGACGACUUGAUUGUUGAGAGUUUCCACGACGAAUUAAGGGAGAAGAUGGAUCUAGCCAAGCCCGCAGGUGAUAUUGAUUUUCUGAUCUCGGCGACAGCUGGACACGGAAGGUCGCUGUUUGUGACGAAGACGGGUCGUUUUGGGAUGGGUCCUCCGCUGUUCCACGGCGGAGAUGAGGUUUGGAUAUUGGCUGGGGCGGACGUUCCUUUAAUUCUACGGCCAUCUGGAUCGUCAGGUGAGGAGUUUGAAUUGGUUGGCGAGGCGUAUAUCCACGGGAUAAUGCAGGGAGAGGGAGUUCCAGAUGUGCAAAAGGAAGGGCUAAGAAGGGUAAUUCUAGUCUAA